AUGUCUGACGCUGCCAUGUCUGCCGCUGCCGUAUCUGACGCCGCCGAGGCUGCCGCCAGCCGAGCCCACCUUGCCGCGAUGGGGUUUCCGUUCCCGGGCGAGUCGGUUCUCAACGAGCCGCUGCCGGACACCCUUGCUGCUCUCGCCAACGUGUUGGUAAUCCCAACAAUGGCCGCGAUGUCCGAGUCUGAGUACCAAGAGACACAGGAUAGGAAGUAG